AUGGAAGCAACGGCCACGGAGCGGGCUGGGCUCACCCAAGUUCUACCCAUGGAGCAGAGGGCAGCCCCAGGGCCCAGGCCAAGGUCACCUUGGGCUGCUGAGAAUGUAAGUCAGCAGGAUGCCGGCACCCUGGCCCUGAUCCCUCGACUGAUCCUGGUUCUGCGUCAGGCUGAGGACCCGCAGGCAGGGGCCCCACGUGACGCCCCAGCCUGGGCCACUGGCCUGGAGCUGAGUGAGGAGCAGCGGCUGCAGAUCUCCAAGGAGCUGGUGGACCUGCAGCUCACCACCCACCGCCUGCGGGAGCAGCAUGAAGCCGAGGUCUUUCAGCUGCAGAGUGAGGUGCUUCGGCUGGAAGGCCGGGUGCUGGAGCUGGAGCUUCAUGGGGAGCAGGCCGGUCGCAGGCAGCGCCAGGCGCCGGCACAGGGCCGCUCCAAAGACCACAGACUCCGGACACAGCCAGAGGACUUCGUGUCUCUGGAGUCUGGUUCACAGAAGCUGGGGGACACUCAGCUGGGAGAAGGGAAGAGGGCACUGGAGCUGCAGGGGGCCCAGCAGAAGGCAUUGGAGACACACGUGGCAGCCCUGGGCCGGCAGCUGCAGGGAGCCAGAGAGGAGGUCAGGGCAGCUGGGCGGCACGUGGCCACACAAGCCCAGGUGCUGUGCGUCUGCCAGGAACAGCUCCGCGAGGCUGAGGCUGAGAACAGCCGGCUGCAGAUGCAACUCAAGAGGCUGAACGAGGACUAUGCCGUCCGCCUGCGGCGCUGCGCCCGGGACAUAGCGGACUAUGCCGACGGUGCAGGCCAGGCGCCAGCCGCUGCAUCCCUGCGGGCAUUCCUGGAUGCCACCUUGGAGGACAUCCAGGCCACGCACCGCAGCCGCGAGCAGCAGCUGGCCCGGGCGGCACACACCUAUCGCAAGCGCCUGACAGAGCUAAGCCGUCAGCAUGAGCAGCUGCUGGCUGUCCACCGGUGGGACCCACCCCAACAGAAAGGACCUGAUGAAGCCUCUCUGGGUGGGACAUCACAGCCACAGGACCUGGACGCCGCAUCCUGGGCUCAGAUCCACCAGAAACUCCAGGAGUUCUCCCGAAGCACCCAGAGCUGGAACGGGAGCGGGCACAGCUGCUGGCCCGGGCCACGGUGGCCGAGGCGCAGCUCUCCGAGCUACGCGAGUACGUGGACCAGCACCUGGGCAGGUGGGCUGACCUCAGGGUGUUGGUACAAGCAGGAGAUCCUGAGGCUGAGAAGGCUGGUGGGCACAGGGGGUCCCUCGAAAGUGGGGGCCGUGCCACCAGCCAAACCCCAGCAUCCAAGGACCCGCAGCCGCUGA